UAUUUAUUCAAAAUUAUUUCGUAUCUGUGACUCAAUCAAUGGCGUCACCGUCAAGAACCCAACCCGUCGCUUGCAAAUUGUAAAUUCUACCUGGAUUUACGGGUACUUUAGUUAACAUUUUGAGUUUUAUCAGUUUGACUGUGGUUAACCGAAACUAAAGCUGUGUGGGGUGCUAUGACAAAGAAAUCUAUUGGAGAUAAAGAGGGAUACUAAAAAAAAAAUAAUUAAUUUGAAGAUUUUUAACACAAAGUUUCUAAGAUGCAAACUAUAAAAUGUGUUGUGGUGGGAGAUGGAGCGGUCGGAAAAACUUGCUUGCUCAUAAGCUAUACAACAAACAAGUUCCCAUCGGAGUAUGUGCCGACGGUGUUUGAUAACUAUGCUGUCACCGUUAUGAUUGGUGGGGAACCCUACACUCUUGGACUUUUUGAUACUGCAGGUCAGGAAGAUUAUGAUAGACUGAGACCUCUAAGUUAUCCGCAAACAGAUGUUUUCCUUGUAUGCUUCAGUGUUGUAAGUCCCAGUUCGUUUGAAAAUGUUAAAGAAAAGUGGGUGCCGGAGAUUACUCAUCAUCAACAGAAGACACCGUUUCUCCUUGUAGGGACUCAGAUUGAUUUAAGAGAUGAUCCCGGGACUAUGGAGAAACUGGCUAAGAUCAAACAAAAGCCGGUGUCGUUUGAACAAGGAGAGAAAUUAGCUAAGGAGUUGAAAGCAGUUAAAUAUGUGGAGUGCUCAGCUCUAACCCAGAAAGGGCUAAAGAAUGUGUUUGACGAGGCCAUACUGGCAGCCCUGGAACCUCCGGAACCUGUCAAGAAAAAGAUAUGCGUCCUGCUGUAAUGUUUGCGAGUGUAUGGCCUUCCCAUAAUGAUCCUGCGUUCUAUGCAACUUUUAUAAGCUAACAUCAUUACUAUUAUUAUUAUUAUUUUUUUUUUAUUAUCAUUUCAAUGCGCCAUAACAUAUAUAGUGACAUUAAGGUCUCGAACUUUUCAGUUCUGAUGAGUGCUUUACACUUAUAUACAAAUAAAAUUAGAACUUAAAAAAAAAAAAACAGUUUUUAUACCAAGCCAUUUGUCCUAUUGAAAUAAAUAAAAGUUUAUAAGUCAUUUGUACGUAUUAAUAAUAAUGUUAUGGAAAGAAAAAAAAAAAAAACAUUUUACUACGUCGUAAUCUAAUGCGAUAUAUGAUAUAUUAUUCCCAUAUAGACAAUAAGUCUCUCAUUUAAUUUAAUUUAAUUUAUUAUGUGUUGUUUGCAUACAUAUAACACAUUUUUAAGAGGCGGAUCUAUCUGUUGGCAACCUAUUUGUCUGACGUCGAAUAGUAUUGUGUAAUUAAAAAAAAAAAUCGUAUAAUUAUCUGACGUACAAGUCUUUAUGGAGGCGAUUUGAAGAGAUUAAUUGAUGUUGCCAGUGUUUGCAUUAUAGUUUAUAUGGCAAUAUGAGUUUUUGAAAAUGAUUCUAAGUAAUGAAUCCGAUUCAUUUAUAUGUUGAAGUGAUUUAUCAUCGAUUCAUUGUGUAAUUAAUUUUUUUUUAAAUAUGAUGUAGUUUGUUUGACAAAUGUUUGUUUUGGAUACAGAUGGUCCGUCUCUUAAUAUUUACAUGAUUGAUUUUUUUUAAUAUGUAACAGGUAAUUUUGAUGUAUUAUUUGUAAUAUUUUAUUAUUAUUAUUAUCAUAUAUAUUUAUAUAUUUAUAAAAUUUCUCUAAACAUUCACUGUCAGGAAUAAUUAGAGCCAAAGAUAUUAAUGAUGCACUAUUGAAUACAUCACUGAAACGACUUGUGGGGUUUAUACAGAGUAUAUCAUAAAUAUGCUGUGAAUUAAAAAAAAAAAGUAAAUAUAUAUUAUUAGUUUUAAAUAUUAUAAUUUUUUUUGGUUAGUAUGUGUAGCAUUUCUUUUUUAAUCACAAUUAAUUUCUAUGUGAAUUUGACUGAAAUAAAAACAUAUUCAUUCCACCGAAUGGUUUUCAAUGAACACUGCUUUAUGUUGGCUCUGUAUGGCUGGACCUUUGCCUUACGCACAGACAUCACUAUGAGUUGAUUUUACGGAGUGUCACGUCCCUCAUGACAAUCUUAGUAUAUAUAAAGAUACGUUUAAUAAACAUGUAUUGGAGCAUUUAGAUUGUCUAACAUACUAUAUGUAAAUAAUCAUAUAAACACUAUGUACUGAAUAUAAAAGUAUUAAUUAUUAUUCGCAUUCGUGUCAUAGACUAUAUUAUGCGCGAAUUAUUUUCAACGUUUGUCAUUUAUAAUUUGGUUUGUCAUAUUUUUCCUCUCAGAAUCUAGUUAUAGGUGUAUAUUGAAUUAAUAAAUGUAAGAAUUAA